GGCCCCGCCCGGCCGCGUCACUUCCCCGGCGGCGCCCGGCCCCGAAAGAGGUGUCGGUGCCGUGACGUCACCGCCGGCCCCGUGUUUACCGUCGCCGUUCGCCGUCGGGCACCGCGCACCGGGCACCGGGCACCGGGCACCGCGCAGGAGCAUCGCCGCCGGGCGCCGCGGCAUGGGGCAGGGCCCCCGGGCGCGCCCCGGUUGAGCCGGGGCCGGGCAUGCCGGCGGGAUGGCGGCCCCCGGGGGCGCGGCGCUGGGCUGGGCGCUGGCGCUGCUGCUGGCGCUGCCGGGGGGCCGCGGCAAGGACGUGCGGCAGAGGGAGGCCGAGUUCGACAGGACCUACGGCGACUGGGUCACCAGCGAGCUGCUCAACAUCUACGCCUUCAACCACACCGUCUCCAGGAACAGGACGGAGGGCGUGCGGGUGUCGGUGAACGUGCUGUCGCAGCAGAACGACACGCCGGUGCUCUUCGUGGUGCGGCAGAAGGAGGCCGUGGUCUCCUUCCAGGUGCCGCUGGUGCUCCGGGGCCUCUACCAGCGCAAGUACCGCUACCAGGACGUGAGCCGCACGCUGUGCCAGCCCCAGAGCAAGAUGGAGCUGGAGACGCAGCACUUCUACGUGGACGUGUCCACGCUGUCGCUGAAGAACACCUCCUACCAGCUGCGCGUCACCCGCGUGGAGAACUUCGUGCUGCGGACGGACGAGCGGUUCGGCUUCAACGCCACGGCAGCCCAGCCGCAGUACUUCAAGUACCAGUUCCCCGAGGGAGUGGACUCGGUGAUUGUGAAGGUGACCUCGGCCACGGCCUUCCCCUGCUCCGUCAUCUCCAUCCAGGACGUCCUGUGCCCCGUCUACGACCUGGACAACAACGUGGCCUUCAUCGGCAUGUACCAGACCAUGACGAAGAAGGCGGCCAUCACGGUGCAGAAGAAGGAUUUCCCCAGCCGCAGCUUCUACGUGGUGGUGGUGGUGAAGACGGAGGACGAGGCGUGCGGGGGGGCCCUGCCCUACUACCCCUUCUCCAAAGACGAGCCCAUGGACCAAGGCAACCGGCAGAAGACGCUGGAGGUGGUGGUGUCCCCUGCCAUAACCUCGGAGGCCUACGUGAGCAGCGUGCUCUUCUGCCUCGGCAUCUUCCUCUCCUUCUACGUGCUCACGCUGCUCAUCGGCUGCUGGCAGGGCUGCCGCCGGCGGCGGAGGACGACGGGGCUCCUGGCGGCCCUGGACUCGCCCAGCCUGGACACGGCGUCCCUCCUGGGGCCCAGCCGGAGCGUGCCCGACUCCUUCCUGGGCCGCGCGCCCUACGACGGCUACGGUUACGGCUCCUUCGAGAACGGCUCCAGCGCCAGCACCGCGGCCGUCACGGACAGCACGGGCUCCGCGGACGUCUCCUACGGCUACACGGGGGACCGCUCGCUGGAGAACGUGGCCGGCCGGCCCCGCCUGGACUCGCUCAGCUCCGUGGAGGAGGACGACUACGACACGCUGGCCGACAUCGACUACGACAAGAACGUCAUCCGCACCAAGCAAUACCUCUACGUGGCUGACCUGGCGCGGAAGGACAAGCGGGUCCUGCGGAAGAAAUACCAGAUCUACUUCUGGAACAUCGCCACCAUCGCUGUCUUCUACGCGCUGCCCGUCAUCCAGCUCGUCAUCACCUACCAGACGGUGGUGAACGUCACCGGCAACCAGGACAUCUGCUACUACAACUUCCUCUGCGCCCACCCGCUGGGCAACCUCAGCGCCUUCAACAACAUCCUCAGCAACCUGGGCUACGUGCUGCUGGGCCUGCUCUUCCUGCUCAUCAUCCUGCGGCGGGAGAUCGGCUACAACCGGGCGCUGGAGCGCCGCGACGCGCACGCCCUGGAGUGCGGCAUCCCCAAGCACUUCGGCCUCUUCUACGCCAUGGGCACGGCCCUCAUGAUGGAGGGGCUGCUCAGCGCCUGCUACCACGUCUGCCCCAACUACACCAACUUCCAGUUCGACACCUCCUUCAUGUACAUGAUCGCCGGGCUCUGCAUGCUGAAGCUCUACCAGAAGCGCCACCCCGACAUCAACGCCAGCGCCUACAGCGCCUACGCCUGCCUGGCCAUCGUCAUCUUCUUCUCCGUCGUCGGCGUGGUCUUCGGCAAGGGCAACAUGGCCUUCUGGAUCGUCUUCUCCGUCAUCCACAUCACGGCCACGCUGCUGCUGAGCACCCAGCUCUACUACAUGGGGCGCUGGAAGCUGGACUCGGGCAUCCUGCGGCGCAUCGUGCACGUGCUGUACACGGACUGCGUGCGGCAGUGCAGCGGGCCCCUGUACGCGGACCGAAUGGUGCUCCUGGUCAUGGGGAACAUCAUCAACUGGUCGCUCGCUGCCUACGGCCUCAUCGUGCACCCCAACGACUUCGCUUCCUACCUGCUGGCCAUCGGCAUCUGCAACCUCCUCCUCUACUUCGCCUUCUACAUCAUCAUGAAGCUCCGCAGCGGCGAGCGCAUCCAGCUCAUCCCCCUGCUCUGCAUCAUCAGCACCUCCGUGGUCUGGGGCUUCGCCCUCUUCUUCUUCUUCCAGGGGCUCAGCACCUGGCAGAAAACGCCGGCCGAGUCCCGGGAGCACAACCGCGACUGCAUCCUGCUCGACUUCUUCGACGACCACGACAUCUGGCACUUCCUCUCCUCCAUCGCCAUGUUCGGCUCCUUCCUGGUGCUGCUGACGCUGGACGACGACUUGGACUGCGUGCAGCGGGACAAGAUCUACGUCUUCUAGGCUGUGCCAGACCCCCGCCGCCGGGCCAGCCGGAGAGGCGCAGGGCACGCCGCGGGGAGGGAUGCUCGGGCCGGGCCCCCGCCGGCCGCUCCGUCCCCCUCCCCGCCGCCGCAACGGCCGGCCUCGGCGCCCGGGCUGCCGCGGCCUUUCCGCGGUGCUGGCGCUGCCGGGCCGCGCCGGGCCGGCACGGGGCUCCCCGCCGGGCCGGUGUGCGGGGCGCUGCCGGCCCCCCCGCGGGACUCUCUUCAGUGCCUAAGGAGUGAUUUUGGAGAGGGGGGGUCGGGGCGCCCCGGCUCCCCGGCACGGGGUGGGCAGCGCGGAGCCGGGGGGCGGGCGGCAGUUUUCCACUGUUUUUAUGCGCCCGCCCGCCCGCCGAACCCAGCCGCCCUGCGUUUUCUGCGGCUGGUUCUGCUGGGAAGUGACAUGCAUUAAAGUGUCCGUCUGCACUUUA